AUGGCAGAAUACAACAUGGACGAGUCUGCCAUCAUGGACAGCGGUUCCCCCGGCGGUGGCCCAAGCGAAAGACUUGGCAGUCGCCAUCGCGACUCGGCAUACGACAGGUCGCCUCUUGCAAACAAGACGCGAUCGUUGUCCGACGGCGGCGGAACACCAUCCAAGCUGUCGCCAUCACCACUCAUUGUCGAAGCAUCGCGAAGGACAUCCAAGGACGACACGCAUAUCAAAGACGCGCAGCCGCCCUCGACGCCGCGACACUCUGACUUCAGGGGCCUCUCGUUGCAGAUGGCUCCUCGACAGUUCACACCACCACCUGCCUCGAAUGCCUAUGUCAAGCCCCCGCCACUUUCUCCGAAACUCGAUCACUCACAGAUCUACGCGUCGCCGACCAAUAUUCUUCCCCGCAGGUCGCGUGGCCUCGACUUUUCUCGUGCUGCCACCAGCUUGCAUCACUCCACCCUCGCUGAAUCAUCGCCAGACUCAUCGCCUACUAUCGGUGACCGGGCCAUUAACAUCCCCGAUCGAGGGAACGAGUAUGGCGGUCCUGAGCAAACCUCUUCAUCACUCUGGUCUAUUAUGGGGAAUCACGAGAAGAUGAAUAUUAGCAGCUCUCUAGGAAGCACCAAUCAGGUCGCAGUUGGCUCUGAUUCAUCCAGCUCCUCGGAUGACGACGACUUGAUGGAUGAGGACAUGGACGAGCCGUAUCUUACAACCCCGCAAGUCUCCAAGACUACCAAUAUUGGGUCGACCGGACCAUUUGGAUCCCCUGCUAUGAGCAGUCUCAUGAACUUUCAGCAAAGACAACGCCACCGCAAACAUCCCAAGAAGAAGGUACGGGGACCUUUGGGCCUUGGGUUCAACCUGGCUGCAGCCGCUCUGUCCAAGUCUCCGCCUAGCAACGGCGCGAAAGCAAGGAGGGAGAGUAUCAGUUGGCAGGCCAACCAGCUACACAUCUCUGCCGCCGAUGGCUACGAAAGUGGAAAGUCCCAGAGCGAUGCCGACGGCAAUGGCGGCGGCGAGGGAUCACAGAGAGGUGUUAUUAAACGAGCUGUGACUCGCCGUGGCAAUCUGCUUCCAAAAACUAAAACCUUUGCCCGAAUCCGUGCAGCCCUUUUUGAAGAGGUUGCGCCAGCUGAGGCCGAAACUCGACGAGAAGCAGAAGUUGUUAAACAAGUCCGCGAAAGCGACGUCGCGCUUGAGCCCCGAGUUUCGCAAGCACCCGCUGAGUCUGGCCCGGCCGCUAGCGUUUUGUCGUCGCCAAACCUAACAAACAAUGAACCUGUCGAUGAUCAAGAAGAUGACGUGAAUAUGCUGAGCGACUUGGCCCCCGGGCUUUCUAGUAGCUUCAAACAGCAGGCCAUCAAGAAUUCCAAGGGGAAAACAUUUUGGGACACGUUCUCAGAGUCGAGCAGCAUGGGCGGAACGAGAACAACGCCACCUCCAGCAGCCUUUUUGCCCCGAGGGUCCUCUUCUGGUAUGAGCGAAGACAAUGGUAUUGACUCUCCUGUACCUGGCCUUGCAUCGGCACAUUCUGCCUCGCAGAGCAGCAACGCGCAAGGGCCAAGCGCAGCAGAAAUAACGCGCAGAAUUAAUAAUAAGCGUCGCCGCGAUGACGACUUUGACCCUGUCAGCUUCAAGAGACGAGCUGUCAGCCCCGGGAUGAGUGCCCAUAACUCACCCAUCUUACAGAGCCCUAUGCAGCGCGACUCGGCGCCAUGGGGUUCUCGCCCCGGCAGCACUGGAGGCGACAAAGCUGGUAGCAGUGCUCAGAGCGAGACGGGAAGCGUUAGUGGCGGCACCCCAGCGAACCCUGCAGCCGGGACAACUGGGCGACUAAACAGCAAAGGAAGAAUAGGAUUCCAGGGUAUGGUUGAUACCAACGACGGUAUAAUGCGGAUGAGCAUUGAAUAG